UUCUUCAGAGAUCUGUGGUGAUAUGACAUAACCUAAAAAUUACGAACAAAUUUGUUAUUUAUUAAUAUUUGUUAUUGGCUUUCCCUGGCAUUAUCAAAAUGACAACGAGUGUCAUAAAAUAUGUGGGAAGAACAACAGAUUUUAAAGGUAAAACCUUGUGGGAAAUCGUAGGGAAUCUUAAGAAUUUUGGUGUUGGAAGAAUCAUCGUUCGAUCAGUCUUCGAAAGAUACCCGGAGCCUAGCUACAUGAAAAUAGUUAAAGUGGAAACUACUCCUGAUGAGGAGCGGCGUAGAGUACGCAUAUGGGUGGAGAAAACAUUUAGGGGCAGGAAACUGCCAAACCUCACAGAAAUUUACCGUACAUCUUAUAAACCCGACUAUAAAUUAAUACCUAAGAAUGAAGAAGCCAAACUACUGAAUGCAGUAGGUCUUCAUGAAACACAAGAAAUUCUCCCAAAUAGAAUAGAGAUGCCAGCCUUGAUGAAAAAGUUUAUCAUCAAAGAUCAUGAGAACAAGGGUCUAGAAAUAGUGUCAGACUUCACAAUGCCCAUCAGUUACAAUCACAGUCCCAACAGGGUCAAGAGAAUAGCCAAGGACAAUGAGAAGCCAACAGUGCAGUUCACAAUGGGCCUUGGAAAACCAGCUAGCCCCUCCCUUUAUGAAGGAGUGCCAUUGAGUUAGAUGAACCAUAAUAUUACUACAUGUGUAUUUAAAUUAUAGACUUGUUAUAGAAAUAAAGUAGAUAUUAACAAUUGUA